GAUCUCCCAACUUAUCUCUAUUUGAAACAGGAUUGUAAUUUCUCUGGUGCAACGUAUUCAAACCUGUUACGGAAGGGAAUGGAUUAAUUGCAUUGCAUGUUUAUCCAAUGUUUAGACAAACUGUCUAUUUAAUACCAGACUCUCUUGUAGGGUAUUUCUUGGAGUAAAACAUAACCUCAAGAAAGAAUGGUGAAUGACUUGAAGUACAAAUGCUCAUUCUCCACUUGGUAUCCUCAAUUUGUUAAGAACUCCUUGGAAGCUGUUGUUCUUCCUAUUCCAGAGGAUGUAUCGAAAUACUUGGAAGAAGAUGCAUUUUUGUUACCAGUCGAGGCAACGUCUAAUGUCUCUGGUGUUUCAGAAUGGGCCGAUGGUUCCCCUGUCGAGGGAGACUCAUCGGAGGAUUCAGAAUGUCAGCCAACAUUCCCUACAUUCAGUAGAAAAAUACAGGAUGUAAUCAAUGAUUUCGGUGCUGUUUUUGUAAAGUCAAAUUGGCGAACACCAUCUGAUGCAAUGUGGGUUGCUCCAACAAAAACCCUAAAAUGCGAAACAUUGGAAGAAGUAUAUUUGCUUUUAAAAAGCUCUGAUCGAAUUUCUGAAGAUCUAGAUGUACUAAAAAAUUGUACGGACAAUAAACAAUCUCUUCAAACAUGUUUAGUCUUGAAGAGGUGGCGCGACAUUAAUCCUUCUACGGAAUUUCGCUGUUUCGUUGUGAAAAAUGAACUUAUUGGAAUAUGCCAAAGAGAUGUAUCACAGUAUUAUAAACACAUGGAAUUAGAAAAGUAUGAUAUUCAAAGAGACAUUAACACUUUGUUUUUGGAACAUGUUAAGGAUAGAUUUGGUUUAACAAAUUAUUCUUUCGAUGUGAUUCGUUACAAGAAAGAUAAAGUGAAAAUAGUGGAUUUUGGACCACUAGAUGAAUCUGUCACAAAAGGUACGCUAUUUACCUAUGAGGAGCUCAAAGCGCAUUCAUGUGAUGCACCAGAAUUUAGGUUCAUUGCUGAAGACAUGGGAAUUCAACCAAAUAAUACCCGUCAUUACUGUGUACCACAAGAAAUUAACGAGUUUUUUCGUUCAGCCAGUGAAAUGUCUAUGAUGGAUAUGAUUCGCAAUGAAGUAGAAAAUCAAGAUCAAGAAUGUCAAGAGGCGUCCGAAACAUAAAAGUUUGUGAAUACAAAAGAUUCCUGUGUUUCUAUCUUCAGUUUCAAUUUAUAGUACCAUGACGUACAAUUGCAUUGUAUUCGUAAGAGUACUAAAAAUUUGCAGGUAAUACUUUUUCCGUUUAGUAGAAAUAUUCGCAAUUUCGUUCAAGUCAAAAGGAUCGGAUAUGAAAACUGGAGGUAAAGCAUUGAUAUGAAAGUUGUUUUAAUCAAAUAAAAUUAUGACAUCGAUA